AUGAUAAGCCAGAAAUAAGAAACCAUUUCAUUUAACAUAGUGAAUUUUCCCCAUUCGAAGAAGUUAUUCUUAGGGUUAGGAGCUAAGAGUAACUUUAUUUGUGAAAAACUCAACAUUCCCUUACUUUCUCAAAAAUAAUAGGUUGACAAAAACUAAAGAGCUAAUUUCAAAUUGUAUACAGAUGUAAACGAAAACUCUAGAAUGCUGGGAAGGUACCAGCACACUCAAAGAUUUAAAAUCUAAACUUCUUUGCAUGUUAAUGAGUAAUUGGACAAUAAAGAAUAAAUAUGGAGAGAUAAAGAUAUGUAAACAAAACGUGGAUCAUCUUAAUAAAACUAUGUAGAAAGAAAAUCAUCAGAAGGAUCAGCAUCAAAAAUCAAGAAGGUCUUUAAGGACAGAAUGUCUUAUAUACCUUAUGAUUAGAGUUAUUAAUAAGACCUGUAAAUUAAAGAAAAUUAUGAAUAUGAGAACAGAAGAAUUUCAUCAUCGUUUGUUGAUAAAAACAGUGAUCACAUCAAUAUACCCAGAAUAAAACUUUCUCAUAAUACUGUAAUAGUAAGAAAUGAAAAAAAUUAAAGUAUCUCAAAUUAAAUUUACAAUAAAUAAGAAAUUAUUGAGAAUUUAAAAAUAAGAAGGAUAUAAAUUAAAAGGUUGAGACUUAAGAGUAUUGCCCUAUUAGUAAUUGCUGUUUGCAAGUUAAGCAAAAAAUAUAGGUAAAUUUAAAUUUUAAAAAUAGGCUUGUUUUGUUAAAAAGAAAUUAAGCAAUACAACAUUUUAAGAAGUUAAAGUUGCCUCAUUUAAAUUAUCUAUAGUUUUUUGGACAAAGACAGAUUAAACAAUAAUUUUAAAAUUUUACAGAAAACCUAUUUUCUAAAAUAAGUAGUUUAUUAAUUAGUGAUAACUAUAAUAAAGGUCUUAUUGAAAUUUUAAAGUAAAAUGAAGAAAUGAUUCUUGACUUUUAGUAGUAAUAGUUAUGUUACUUCAUAAAAUUACUUCUUUAAGAUUUAGAAUUAAUAACAAGAAAAAAUGUACUUCCACCUUUUAUUAUUCAUUCUUUAAACUUAAGUCUUUUUCGUGGAAAACAGACUUAAACUAGUUAAUUUGUAUCAAAUAGAACUUAAUUUUACUCAUAAACAGUUUUUUCUCUUAAUCCGGAAUAACAAGGAUUAAUUGCUUCAGAAUAUCUUAUUUUUACAAUAAUAUUACCUAUUAUUUUAGAGAUUGCAAAUAAAUAGGUUUUCUCUUAAUCAAAUCGUUAAAUGAAUUUUUCCUUUAGUUUUAUUGCUCUCCCCAUAUUAUUAACUGAUUUUUUCAUAAAUCAUUUCAAAAAUUUACCAAAAAUUUAAAACCCAAAUGUUAAACCUGUUUAACUUGUACUAAAUGUUCUAGAAGAUAAAGAAAUCCCUUUAAAAACCUAAUUAAUUACUUCCUCAAAAUUAGAAAGCGAUGAAGAAUUGAUGAUAUCAGGAAAUUUUAAAAAAUAAUUUGUCUAUAGCAUAUUUAACGAAAAACCUAAAUACAAAUUUUAAAUGAAUUAACUCUUUUCAAAAAUAAUCAAAAACAUAGAAGCAUAAAUAGAUAUUGAAAAUGCAAAAUUUAAUCUUUGA